CGUCGGGAGUAUAAAACUGCGGAAUCACUAGGUUUGCCCGCCAUGUACGGAGUUAGUAAAAUGCGGCCGCCUAGUUCAACCAGUCAAAAUGUCCAUUCGGCGCUCAAUCAAUGGAUUAGUUGUGUCUUUAUUAUUAGGACCAUUGUACUUUUCGCCAAUGGCUCAAGGAUAUUUCGGACUGACAGCCCGGAAGGGUUUGUAUUUUCUCCAGAGUGAGCGCAUUGGUUCGAUACCAGGAUCCGCGCUCAGCAACAACGCCAAACCAGGCCCUUGUAAACAUCUAAGUUUACGUGGAAAGCAGCGGCGACUGUGCAAGCGGGAACCUGGGAUAGGACAUAGUCUAAUCGAAGCGGCAAGGCUGUCAGCAUGGGCCUGCCAGGACCAGUUUAAAAUGGAACGAUGGAAUUGCUCAAUAGGGAAACACAGGUUGAACAUACUAAAGCGAGGUUUCAAAGAGACCGCUUUCCUCUAUGCCAUAUCGUCCGCGGGUCUCGUGCACACAUUCGCCAGGGCGUGCAGCAGCGGAAGGCUGGACAGAUGCACGUGUGGCAAGACCAAAAACAAAAAUACGGAAACGUGGAAGCUCGGAGGUUGUGGAGACAAUAUUAAGUUUGGGACACGUUUCAGUCGACGGUUUUUGAAAGCUCGCGACACAGACUCAAACUCUGAGGACUUUCGAGCAAAGAUUGAUGAGCACAAUACAAAUGUUGGACUAAGAAUAGUCAAAAAGAAUAUUCAAAAGGUCUGUCGAUGUCACGGAGCUUCUGGAUCAUGUUCAAUCAAGACGUGCUGGAAACAGUUAGCUCCCUUCGUCAGUACGGCUGAACUUGUUAAGGAAAAAUACGACGCGGCAACUUUAGUUAAAACGGAUAUGAAUAGUGCGCAAAAGAUGCCUAUGAGUAUGAUUGCACUGAGGAAGACGGAGAAUGGCGAAGAUGUGGAGGAGGGUGUGCCCCUUCCCACUGAACUCGUGUUUUCGGAAAGGUCUCCGAGUUUUUGUAAAAAUGGUCGCUACUCUUUCGGCACUCAAAGCCGGCGUUGUGAGAAGACGUCCAAUUGUGGAGUGAUCUGUUGCGGAAGAGGAUAUAAUUCUCAGAUCCGGACGGUUUUCAAGCCAUGUAACUGUCGCAUGCAUUGGUGUUGUGAACUUAAGUGCGAUAACUGUACUUUUCAAGAGGACCAUUUUCUUUGUAAAUAAGGGAGACGCUUCUCCCUCUUUCUCUUAUUCACCUGUUUGGUGUGACGCGAUGGGCUGCUAAUCUUUGAAAAGAGAGGUAAAUGGCCCUAAAUAUAUUUGAAAGAAAUUAGACUAAUUCUGAUAAACGCAUGUUAAUUAAGGGCUAUGUGGACUAAGUUAAUACUAUCGCCAUUGGUUUUAGAGAUACUGUAUUUAGUUUAGUUACAACCAAGCUUACCAAAUAGUGAAGUGAAUAGAAUUACAAUAAUACAGAACGUUCUGAUGAAAGAAAACCUGACGUUCUUUGAGAACCUGCACAAAGGUUACAUACUGUUCAUUUAAAGUUGCUGUUCAGAGAUACUGGUAUGUGAUUUAGGAAUAUGAACGCGUUCGUCAAUUCAGUUAAUUUGAACAUGACCCCGGAAGACUGAUUUGUAGCCUCACAAUUUACUGUUAAGUGGCUGUCGUAAUGGCGCGCAACCUCAUCUGCCCUCGCUAUUUCUACGAUAGAAUACUAAAAUUAUAGUGAUAUACUUAGCGUAAUGGAUAAUCUUACAAUCUCCCACCCUUCAUUUUUUAACUUGGUAACUCUUAAAUUCACUCCAAAACCUCCAUAUAUACGUCUCCAAGGGUCUAAUCUCUUUUCCUGUGUAAGUUCAAAUUUUAAAAAUGUUUUCAAACGCACAAGAUGCUGCAAGAUUGGGACUUGUCACAUGGACUGUUUUUGAACAGGAUGAUCGGCUUCCUUUAGCAAACUGUAACAUCUCCAUUGGCUAUUCUGGUUGUGCGCUUGUCAGCUACGCUUAUCAGUUAAUCACAUACUCCUGUAUAUUCCUCUCCAUCGAUUUUUGACAAGAACACGAGUUAAGUUAAAGAAAAUAAAUCGAGAGCGAGAGAUCGGCCAUUGCUAAUUAUGCGCAUAUUAAUUCAAAUAUGACGUCACUGAUAAAACAUGAAAACAUCAUUGGGAUAUCCGAGGUAUCAGACUGAACCCGAUUAAUUGCCUUUGGCCCGGAAUAUCACGAAACCGCAGGUCUCGCGCCUUUCCUAACCGAAAACAAUAACAAGGAUAAAUGUUUUCCUCAUUUUUUGUCUUUGAAGGUGCAACCAAUAUCCCUGUGACUAGUAUAAACAAUCUUCCACACCAUUCGUGUGAAAAAUACAAGAUAAGAGUUUGAGUUUUGUAUUACAUCGCGAUGGUGUUUAAUUUCUAUUGUUCAGUAACGUGCAGUGUUGGUAAGAAAUGUUAAAACAUCAUAUUCGGCGACUGCGUGCAUAUAUAAGAGAACAACGCCUCCAAUAGCAGCUGCAGAAGAACAAGAAUUUAGCGACAGGGAAAUUCAUAUUGUUUUGAAGAUAAGGAGAGCUACACCAGAGAAGUAUGGACUUAAUAUGCGGAUUUCGCAUCCCUUACGAUAAGCUUUCUCACUGGUCACUCAUCGUUCAGCACCGAUAUCGCCCGCGGUCGACUCUCACACACUCACACACUCACACAAACCAGCAACUUUACAUUUCUAUUUCAACAGUAUCACAAUUCUACUUUCUAUAGCAG